AUGGCUGGCCACAUGCUGGGCUUUGCGCGAGUGAGAAGACUCUUGCCGCUGAGCCGUAUGACUUGGCGCAACAUCGCGGUGGUGGCGGAGCAGACGCCCAAUCCCGACUCGGUCAUGUUCUAUCCGACGGAAAGGGACGUCCUGGGCGAGGGGAUUCAGACGAUGCGAUUUAGCAACAAGUGCCGCAACAAGUGCUGGUCAUCUCCGGUCUGCAUCACCUUGGACACAUUGGAUGUGGGGUGGAACACCCCAUCGGAGGUCUAA